ACAUUUUUCUCGCCUUGUGGCAGGUCGCUGUCGCUCGCCGAAUCGGGAGAGUCCGCCCCAGUCACAGUACACGGAGUCAGGCGCCGUAGCGACGUGAAAUUUCAGUUAAAGAUUUGAAAGUGCCAACGCCUCGUUGGAGAUACAAUCCGAAGGGCCAAAGAUCAUUGCAGGAGGAGCUUCUUGGCAGUUCGCGGCGCUGCAUUGGCGCCACUGCCAGCGUAACGACCGAGUUGCCGGCCAAGGACGCAGAACGCAGGAUGCAUUGCAGUCUACUCCACCCAUAAAUUGCAAUUAAACAAGAGCCAACGAGAGAGAGAGCCGAGUUGAGCCGGACACCAGCCACAGAAAUAACACCAAGAGGAAUAACAAAACAAAAACACUUAACUUUGCUGGCAAGGGCGGCAAAAACCAAAACAAAAAAACAAAAAAACGCGCAAUUGUUUUAUUAGUUGCAAAAACUUUUCCAUUUUUGUGGCAUUGUUUUGGUUGAAAGCUGAAACAAAAUGCCAGCGGGUCGUGUGGCUGGCAAAGCCGGCUACUCCAAUCACUACUACAAUGGCCGCUCGUACGUGGGCAUCAACGAGGAGAUCAUGUGGGUCAGCAUUGGGAUGGGCGUGACCAUAGCCCUGCUGAUAACGAUUGCCCUGUGCUACAUUGCUCGGGAGAAGUGCCAGAAGCGGCAGCGCGAGUACUAUGUGACCGCAUAGUUGUUGUAUGCUGCCUGCCACACGACGCACGGCCACGGCGGCAUGCAAAUGAUGCAAGAGCUGGAACAGAAGCGCAAGCGACAGCGGAACCGGGAGCGGGCCGGGGAGCAGGAGCCGCCGGCAACCAUUCACUGCAGCCUUCCGAUGAAUGUGGGAGUGGGCGUGGCAGCUGCCGGAGGAGCUGAAGGAGGAGCAGCAGUGGGAGUCGGAACGGAUGCAGCAGAAGCAGCAGCAGCAGAGGAGGCAGCAGCAGCAUCAGCCGUCACAGUCAUGCAUUGGUCUGUGGUUGACAUCUGUGGGGCACGCAGUUGGGGCUGAUGCGACUCCACCCCUCCCUCCACGAAGUGUUUUAUGCAGACAACGCCUACCCACCACCCACCACCCAUCCAACACGCACCCUCAUCCAUGCCCAAGGCAGUGAGAUGAGUAAUUUUUUUGUCGUAGGAAUAAUAAGACAGAAAAAGAGAGUAAUAUAGAUGGAAAGAGAGAGAGGGAGAGCAGCUGUCAGCUGCAUUUCUUUAUAGCCAAAAAACCCUGUUAUUGUAUUUGCCGGAAUAUAUACCACAUAUAUAUAUAUAUAUAUAUACAUAAUAUAUAAAUACCCACAAAAACAUAAACGAAUUGAUUUGAAUAA